GAGGUGCCGUGUCCCCCCCCCCCUUCAGGCCCGAUCCAACCCCGUCCCACCGCAGGGCAGCGCAUCAUGGCGGGGUUCCGGAUCCGUCCGUACCGUGACGAUGACUCCGAGGCGGCCCGCGAUGUCUUUGCCACGGCCAUGAGCGAAUACGCCCCGUCUCUGUGCCUGCACGUCCUGCGGCAGCCCUGGGUGCUGCUGCUGCUGGGCUGCACCUUCUGCCUUCUAAUGGCCAGCGCCCGCUCGCUGCUGCUGCCCGUGUUGGCGUUAACGCUGCUGCUGGCGCUGGGCCGGCAGCUGCUGGGCUGCGCGUGGAGCGCGUACAUCGAGCGCUGCCUCGGGGCCGACCUGAGCGAUAUCCGGGGGUCGUACACAGACGGGGGGUUCUGGGUGGCGGAGGCGGACGGGAGGGUGGUGGGCACGGUGGGCGUGAUGCCGGCGGGGGAGGGGGGGCUGCUGGUGUUGAAGCGGAUGGCGGUGCGCAAGGAUUAUCGAGGCCGGGGGGUCGCCAAGGCGCUGUGUCGGGCGGUGCUGGACUUUGCGAGGCGGCGGCCCGGCUGUGCGGCCGUGGUGCUCAACACCAUCAUGCUGCAGCACGACGCACGAGCCCUGUACGAGCGGCUGGGAUUCCGCCGGCAGCGCCGCUUCGUGCUGCCCACCGUGUACGGCCGCGUGGCCAACUGCACCGUCACCACGUACCGCUACGAGCUGCAGUGAGCGGCCGCCGCACGGAGCGCCCGGUUCAGCCGGUGCCGCCCCGCGGGGAAGGACGGAGCUCCGGGCCCGAACCGCAGCGGUGCAGCUCCGUGUGGGGGGGGGGCGGUGCCGUGCGGCUGAGCCGGGUGGGCGCUGACCCGCGGGGACCCUGCCCCGUUCCGCUGAGUCACGCUGACUCAGCACGGGGCUCCUCGCGCACGGGGCUGUGUCGUGCUGCCGGUGCCCGUGGGGACACGGGGACCCUCGUGCCGCAGGUCGGAGAUGUGGCCGCCCCCAGCCCCGCUGCCCCUCGGCUCCGAG